AUGGCUGCCGACCCUGCUCUGGGAAUGGCCGCGAUAAUGGAAAGCCAGGUGGAAGAGAUGCGGAAGCUGCUGAGCAGAUUCAAGGUGUGCACUAACCCAGCAGGGGCUGGAGCAGACGUGGACGCAGGUACUCUUCCAGGACAUGUGGACAUCCUCAUUUUCGGACCCAGCGGAAGUGGAAAGAGCAGCCUCAUCCGCACCUUCUACAUGGCACUGCACAAGUCGCAGCAGGUGCCAGCAGAUUUUGCUGACAGGAUAAUCGUCAAGGACACGGCCAUGAACGAAGGUACUCUCAAAUACAUUUCCGCCGUCAUCAAGCCGGCGAAGCUAGACCACCGCGGGAACAUUAUCUCGUCUUCCAUCCUGUGCCAUGACACUCGAGGCCAGAUUUGGAUGGAUGAGCGCGAGCAGAAGCAGCUGAGUGUCAUCAUGGACGGGAACGUCAAGGACGACUCCAUGGUGCAGCAGCGGAAUUACAGGUACGCGCGGCUACUUUGGGAAUUCUGGAAGAGAGACUCCGAGCUCUUUCCGCCCGAGAUUCUGGCCAACAAGAGGAGCGUCCACACUCAGCCCCACGCUGUCCUCUUUGUUUUCGAUGGGUCGAUGGAAGAGAUCCCAGAUGGUGAAGAGGAGACCCGGUUUUACAGGGAGAUCAUCCAGAUGUGCCGGGAGAAGGGCUACAACAACCCUCAGGUGGUGCUCACUCGCAUUGACAGAGUGGAGGAGAGCAUCACCAAAGCCGGCAACCAGGGAGCUUCUUCCAUUGCCGACAGAGAGAUGAAGCUGCGGCAGGUCCUCGACAAAAAGAUUGAGGACGUGUGCAUGAAGCUUGACGUGCCCCGAACCGCGGUGCACUUUAUUGAGAACUACCACAGUGGGGUAAUUGGUCUCGAGCAGGAGGUGCGCAACAUCUCCGUCGACUUCCAUGCGCUCAAGAUCCUCUCCCAGUGCUGCAGCCACGCCGAUGCUUUCAUCGCCCAAGCUCUACGUGACAUCAGGGCCCCGGCGUGUGCGAUUCAAUGA